AUCGAUCAACUGACCUCACGCAGUUAACACGUUUUUUUAGGGACAAGCUUGAACCACGCCCUAGGCGGAUGUUUGUGUUGUGCCCAAGUGUUCGUCUUCUAUUCUCAAUGUCAAAUUUUAGUUGGGUGUUGCUGUUGGGUUUAUGGAGUUCCAGUUACGCCCAGCAGUCCAGAUGUUUCAACCAGGGUGCACCCAUUUACGAUCCUUGCCAAUGCGAAGGAACUGGAGAAGGAAAUCUGAACAUCACCUGCUUAGGUGUGAGCAACGAAAUAAUUAAAGACAUUUUCCUGAAUUCGAUAGCACCUGAAAUCAACCGGUUCGCUUUGGUGCCAUCGGCCGGGCAAUUCAAUCGACUUGACAUCGAUGCGAACCUCUUGUCCGAUAAACGGGCAAGAGUUAUCCAAAUUGGAAGCUGUCCAGAAGGUGACGCAAAACCAUUGCAUAUCGAUCCGGAUGCAUUCCGUUCGUCCAGCGAUUACGCCCAGAAAUUCGCCAUUAUCGAUUGUGAUAUCAACGAAGUGAACUGGAGUUUCCUCAGCGACUUUCGUGAUCUAAAUGACAUCCUGUUGGGCAGUGUGGAUGGCAUACAAUCCAUUAAUUCUCUCCCCACUUUGAAUAAUAUAAAAAAAUUGUCUUUUACCGAAUCUACGGGUUUCUCCCAUCCUUUGCUCGUCUUUCCUGCCAAAUCUUUGGUGUCGUUAGCGACGCUCGUCCUGGAUGGAAACAGGGACCUCAGUAAUGAUGUUAUUGGUACCUUCAUGUCAGCAAUAGCCUCCAACGCCGUCCAACUGGAAAGUUUCACGCUUAUUAAUUCACCAUUAAUAAGUCAAGUACCUCUGAAUAUCGGAGAUGUUUUGACGUUGAAGUCGAUCAAUUUAUCGUCCAAUUCCAUCGCAUCCGUCGGCUCGGAUGCCUUUUUCUUUUCGAGCGAUCUAUCUGUUCGUUUAAUCGACCUGUCAAACAAUUUAAUUGCGACUGUUUCACCCGAUGCCUUCAGUCAAGGAGACUAUGGUGAUGCCGUCAUUCGACUUGAUAACAAUCUACUUAGCAAAUUUGAAUGGAACGUUUUCCUGGAGGUUCUUGAUGAAAUGAACCGCUCUGACGGUUCCGGAGUAGUUUCCAUCGCCAAUAACCAAAUCAUCUGUCGCAUCGGGUGUGAUUUGGCCUGGCUCAUCCGUGACAACCCAAAUUUGUUGCAGUGGGUGUUUGGUGGCACUUGUGUAGACGGAACUGCAUUCGAAGAUAUCGAUCCUGGCAACUUCGAUUCCACCUGUGCUGUUAUCACUCCUAGUCCGGAGACGACGUCCACCACAGAAAUUCCAACGACAACGACAACACCAACGACAACGACAACACCAACGACAACGACAACACCAACUACAACUACAACACCAACUACAACUACAACACCAACUACAACUACAACACCAACUACAACUACAACACCAACUACAACUACAACACCAACUACAACUACAACACCAACUACAACUACAACACCAACUACAACGACAACACCAACUACAACGACAACACCAACUACAACGAUAACACCAACUACAACGACAACACCAACUACAACUACAACACCAACUACAACGUCAACGACUGUUACCUCAACGACGACUCAAAGCACUUCGACAACGACGACCCCAUCGGUGUCAACGACGAUUCAGCCUAAUAACAACGAGGAUUUACAGCUCUUGUUGUUGUAUAUCAUUGCGGGUUUUGUCGGUGCCAGUCUCCUAAUUCUGAUUUUCAGCUGCAUUUACAUGAUCAUCUUGAGGACGAAGCGCAAGAACAGGCGGAAGUCUUCCAUAUCCGAGGUUCUCGGCAACUCGUCUAAUGUACGCGGAGCACCUACCCUCCCCGCCAGCCAACCGGCCCCAGGAUUGUCUCGAACCAACGCCAUUAUUGUUCAAGGACCAGGUGGCAAAUGGUACAAAUCAAAUGGUGGUGCAAACCAAAUCGCUGGGCCAGCCAACAAUCCAGUUAAAAGCAAAUAACAAAACCUUAAUUGGAUGAAAGCUAUGUGCAACAGGGCAAGCAUUAGACAAGUUUUGACUUAUUCCUAAUUUUAAUCACUGGUAUGUUAGCCUCCUAACAAUAUGCUAGACUAUUGCAUUCGGGUGUAAACAAUUUAUCGAAAAAAUAAUUCAAUGAAAUAGGACAAGACUUUUGCUCUUUGUGUGAAUCGACUGGAAGCCAAUGUGACCCGUACAUACCAACUGAUAAGGCACACAUUUUCAAGCGCCUACUGUUUGACGUCGGCGAAAAUAAUCAGUUGUUUACGUAUUGGCACAAUGGAAUCCAGCCCACUUUCCAAUCAACAUCUUUUUAUCUUUGACGACCUUGUUUACUAUGUUCACAGUUCCUAACUUGACACUUUGCUUACAAU